CACCACCACCUCCACCUUCAUCUCUUAUUCUUCUUCAUCGUCUUCUUCUUCUUCUUCUUCUACUACAGUACUACUACUACUACUACUACUAUUACUCUACUACUACUAUUAUUACUUCUUUUCACAAGUUACUCGCUCAGAAAGAAAAAGUGUUUUAUUUCAAAGUGAUCUCCGAUUAAAAAUUAAGGAAAAACGAGGAGUUUGGAAAAAGAAAAAAAGAGGGAGAGAAAGCAAGAAACGCAUUCGUGAUUUUUCGUGACAGUGGCCACACGAUCUCUCUCUCUCUCUCUCUCUCUCACUCUCUUUCUCUCUUACAUACACACUCCCUCUCUGUUUCUUCGUCUCUAUCUAUCUCUCUCCCUCUCUCCCUUCCUCCUUCUCCUUCCUCUCUCUCUCUCUCUUGUAUCGUUGACUCCUUCGUACUAUAUCUCUUCCUUUGGAGAUGAAGCGUGGAAGAGGAGAUACAGAUCUCUCGAACGUUUCCUUCGGCAAGACCGACAUAAACACAUCGAACUUUCGAAGAAGACCAUCUUAGAACAAGUCUGUAUCUCUUUUUUUAUUAUUAUUAUUAUUUUUUUUUUUUUAUUCGAUCGCAAAGAAAGAGAUUUUCGAUUAGAAGCCCGAUCUUUCUCUACCACUCUUUUCUCUCUCUCUCUCUCUAUAUAUAUAUAUAUAUAUGCUAUGAUGUCGAGAGUGAAACGAGUUAGUGUUAGAGAAACUAAUAGAUAGGAAAUCUUUUGAAGAAGAAAUAAAAAAGGGAAGGAAGAAAAGAGAAACAAAAGGAAUUAAAAUAAAUAAAGAACUAAGUGAUAGAAAGAGAGAGAGAGAGAGAGAGACAGAGCGUGUACGCGUGUGUAUGUGCGUCUGUUUAUAUUAUCUGUGUGAGAAAAAAGGAAAGAAAGAUAAAGAAAACGAUUUGGAAGAAAGUGCAGCAGAGGGAGGGAGGGAGGGGUGAUAGUGAUAGUGGUGGUGGUGUUAGUGAUGAUGAUGAUGAUGCUGGUGGAUGACAACGAGGAUCAAUGAACCGGAAUGAUUUAUUCUACUAUGUGUGAUGAUCGAACUUUUUGAAAAAGAUUGAGAGAAUUUGAAGACCCGAAAAAUUUUUCCUUGUACGAAGCUUUCAUUUUCUUUUUUCUUUUUCUUCUUCUUUUUUUCUUUUGCAUUGAAAUUUCUUAAAUAUCGUGAUUAAAAAAAAAAAACAAAACAAAAAAACAAAAAGAAAGAAAGAAUCGAGGACCGACAAAGAAAACGACGGAAAAGAGGGAAGAUUGAAGAUAUACGCACGCUACGCACGUAUAUUCACGGAAUUAAUUUGGAAGAAGAGAAAAGAAAAGAAAAGAGAAAAAAAAAGAAAAAGAAGAGAAUAGAUGACCAAGAAUAUAUUAUUAAAAGUUAAGAAAAUUAUAGAACGAAUGUGAUUAGUAUCAAGGCAAACGAGAGUGUUCUCUGGACACGGAGUCUCUUCAUUCGUAUAUAUAUAUAUAUUAUAUAGAUUAUAUAUAUAUAUAUAUCUUUUAUUCGAGAGAUAAAAACAAAAGAAGGAGAAGAAAUAUUCAUGAGGUUGUGUGUUAAUGCGCGCGUGUGUUAUGUGUUGUGUGUGCUCGGUUCGCGAAUCGAGAAAAAACAGGAUCAAUUAGCAGCCUCGAGAGGGAAUAAGGAAUAAACUUGAAUCGCAAUAGUAGUGUCCUUGAAAAGUAUUUCAUCUCUUCGUGCGUUUACACGUUCAAGAGUACGAUAUUUUUCUCGCGAAAGUUCAAGAAAAGAUCAAAACGACGAAAAUAUUUUUCUCGCGUGAAUAUCUUCUCUUUCUUUCUUUUUUUUUUUUUAAAGAAGAAAAAAAAAAAAGAAAGAUCGAUCUUUUCGAAUAAUAAACAAAAUCGAUUUCGACAAAACGCGUAUUGUGAAAAUGCGCGGGAAUUUGGAAUUUUUUCCAACAAGUGCCAUCUCGUCCGAUUGCUGGUGAUCUCUUUUUACUUCUUUUUUUUUUGUUCAUUUUUGUUUUUCUUUUUUUUUUAACGAGAAAAAAUUUGUUAAAAAGAAAAGAAAAUUAAGAAAGAUAGAAAAUAAUAAAUGGGAUAUAUUUUGUUAUAAUGACAAGAUCGUGUGGGUGAGAUAUAUUGUGUGUGCGUUCGUGUGGGGGAAGAAUUAAUUAGAUUGUGGGUAUUUGAGGUUAAUCAUGUUUCUUGGAUCAUUCGUAAGAACGUCUUGACAUCAUCAUUAUUGUCAUCGUCGUCGUCGUUGUCGUUGUCGUCGUCGUCGUCGUUGUGUCGUCGUCGUCGUCUUCAUCAUUGUCGUCGUUGUUAUUCGCGCGUUGUGUUGCAUCGAUUCAAGUUCUACGAAUUAUACGUCGUACAUAUAUAAACGAAGAUGGAUAGAAACGAAAGUGGUGUUGGUAUUGGAAGUGGUACCAAUGGGAAUUGUCACGUUGGAAAUUCAGGAUCACCAUUGAAUUCUUCCUCCUCGAGUCAUCCGGCGGCCCUUCAUACAUCUUCGUCAGGAUUGGACAGUCAGAGCGGAGAUAGAGGAUGGGAGAUACAUCAGGUCACUGUUACCAGAGUACCAGGAUAUGGUUUUGGUAUCGCGGUAUCUGGUGGUCGUGAUAAUCCACAUUUUACCAAUGGUGACCCAGCUAUUGCAAUCUCCGACGUUUUGAAGGCCGGACCUGCGGAAGGAAAGUUGCAGGUAAACGAUCGCAUCAUUUCCGCAAACGGAGUAUCGUUAGAAGGUGCCGAUUAUGGAGCAGCUGUCCGAGUUCUUCGGGACUCUGGAUCGACCGUUUUAUUGGUCGUUAAACGGAGAGCUUCGUCGAACUCAUCAACUUGCCAAGGCAAUUCUGCUCCGCAAACUCAUCGACUUACGCUCACGCGAAAUAAUAAAAAAGAUGAUUUUGGAAUUGUAUUGGGUUGUCGAUUGUACGUAAAAGAGGUUACUCGAGAAAAUAUUGGAGUUAAACCUGGCGAUAUAUUAACGCGAAUAAGCGGUAUUGCCGCUGAUAAUAUGAGUCUAAAGGAAGCAAGAAAGUUAAUGGAUCAAUGUAAGGAUCGUUUGUCCAUCGUUAUUACCAGAGAUUCUUCGUGUUGUCAUGUCCAACAACAAGUUAAAACUGAUAGCGGCGAGUAUUUGUCCGGUGCGAGUUACAGCAGUCAAAAUUUAUACGUUCCACCACCAACAAGACAACCAUUGGAAGAUAAAAGUAAUCUGGUUCCAAGGGGACGUUCAAGAGGUCCUUUAAUGGACGUUUCUUUGAGUCAAUUGGAUUUACCAGCUACACCAACAGUAGAUCCACCUAGACCACCACCUCCAAGACCUGAAGAUUAUUACAGUUCCCGGAGACAGAUGUACGAUGAGGACUCUAUUACACAACGAACGAAACAGCCAAUGCCGGAUCCACGAUUCAUUACCUUCCAAAAGGAAGGUUCGGUAGGGGUACGAUUGUGCGGAGGAAAUGAAACUGGGGUUUUUGUAACGGCGGUUCAAGCUGGAAGUCCGGCCUCUCUUCAAGGUCUUCAACCGGGUGAUAAAAUUUUAAAGGUAAAUGACAUGGACAUGAAAGGUGUAACCAGAGAGGAAGCGGUAUUGUUUCUUCUUAGUCUUCAAGAACAAAUCGAUUUGAUCGUACAGCAUCGACGUCAGGAAUACGAUCAAAUAGUUGCAUCCGGUAGAGGUGAUUCGUUUCACAUCAAGACACAUUUUCAUUAUGAACAACCUGAAAAGGGAGAAAUGAGUUUUCGCAGUGGUGACGUCUUUCACGUGGUAGACACUCUUCAUAAUGGAGUCGUAGGUUCUUGGCAGGUAUUCCGAAUUGGAAGAAACAAUCAAGAAGUACAGAAAGGUAUUAUUCCAAACAAAGCACGCGCCGAGGAACUUGCUACUGCACAAUUCAAUGCAACGAAGAAGGAAUUAAGCGCUAGCGAGAGCAGAGGUAGUUUCUUUAGGAGAAGAAGAAGUAGUCAUAGACGUUCAAAAUCUCUGGGAAGGGAUCAUUGGGACGAUGUGGUAUUCUCCGACAGUGUCAGUAAAUUUCCAGCUUACGAACGAGUCAUUCUACGACAUCCUGGUUUUGUUAGACCAGUCGUACUUUUUGGCCCUGUCGCUGAUCUUGGUAGGGAAAAAUUACUUAAGGAUUUUCCCGACAAAUUUACUUCCCCACAAAUGGAAAGUCAAAUGGAAGACAGCGGUAAUAAAAAUACUAAAUCAUCGGGUAUAAUCCGUUUGAGUGCCAUCAGAGAAGUAAUGGAUAGAGGAAAACAUGCUCUUCUAGAUAUUACUCCGAAUGCUGUAGAUCGAUUAAAUUAUGCCCAGUUUUAUCCUAUUGUGAUAUUUUUAAAAGCUGAAACAAAACAAGUUAUUAAAGAAAUGAGAGCAGGUAUUCCCAAAUCAGCGCACAAAAGUAGCAAAAAACUUUUAGAACAAUGUCAGAAAUUGGAUAAAAUUUGGGGACACAUAUUUAGUGCUGUUAUCACACUUACAACUCCUGAAGCUUGGUAUCGAAAACUUAGAGAACUGAUAGAUCGUCAGCAGCAGGGAUCUUUAUGGAUGAGCCAAACAAAGCCGGAAGAAGCCCUCUCGGAUGAUUUCCUAUUCCCGAUGACUUCUCGCCUCUCCUACGCUUCCUCUCCGGAGAGUGAUCUGGAAUUAAGCCCUGCACCAGCGCUUCCUGGGACAUUGGGUCCACCUAUACGCUUGAAAAGUAGUUCAGAUCCAAGUAUUGCUACCCAAGACGAUACAACUGCACCUCCUCCAUAUUCUACAAAUUAUCAACAAUCUUUUGAACAACAUAAAAGAAGAUCACAAGGAGGUGCCGGAGAUAGCAAAUAUGGUUUUUCUUUAUCGGGACAAACGAGUAAUCAAUCUGGUUCUCCUGAAUAUCUCGGUACUUCAUUCGAACCUAGAUCUCCACAUCAUAGUCCUCCGGAUCUACCACCACGGAUCGAUCGAAAUAUUAAACCAACAAAUCAAACAACACGAGGAACGGUACGUUCUACGCAAGAAAGGCUCAUUAAUAAAACUGAUUCUGUUUUGGACGUUGGAAAUUAUAUAAAUGCAUCGCCUCAUAAAGUAAAUGCUACGUCAUCUCUUGAAAGGACACAAACAAAAACGGGAAGUUACGAUAGUAUGUCUUCAUAUGAUUCAUAUAAUAAUAAUACUAAUGGAAAUUCAAGUUAUGCUGGUGUUAAUUUGAAUACAUCGACCAAUCGUUUAGGCCCGAAUGUACCUGAUGACUUAAAAAGUAGUGGUAUGUCAGCCAGAGCCCAUGACCCAUACAGAUUUACAAGAUCUACAGCUCAACCUGUAGCUACACAAGAACCUCAAGCUACUAGAACAGAUUAUGCCAAAUAUAGCAGGACCACAGACUAUAAACCAAUAUCAAUUCCACAAAAUAAGCCAGGAGGAUCAUACAAACCCAUACCACCGCCAAAGCCCAAGAAUUACAGGCCACCCCAAACAACUUUAGUAGGAGAUGAAAAUAGUGGAAAUAAUGGUAAUAAUGGAAACAAUGGAAAUAAUGGAAACAAUGCUUAUCAGCACACGAAAAGUUAUUCUAUUGCCACUUCACACGUGCAUAAUGGAGUAGAAAAUAAUAGCAACGUUAGACGCAACAACAGUCAGUAUUAUUAUAAUAUUCCACCUCCCACUCGUCAUAAUGAAAAUAACCAAGUAAAUUCGCAUCAUAAUCACAGCCACAUAACUCCGCCAAUACAUAGUCAUAGCCUGAGUCAUACUCAUCCACACUCUAGUCCUCCUGUGACUUCUCAUUCUCAUUCAAAUAGUGCUGGUCAAAUAAAUCUCAGUUCCACGCAUAAUCGAAACAACAUUAAUCAUAAUGGUUUCAAUCAUAAUAACAGUCAUGGAAGUGGAAGCCAAACUUAUGCUUCUGGUAAUUCUACUCACAAUAGAGAACCUAAUGGUUUAGAUUUAGCUGGAAGCAGGGAGCAAAGAGGUAGUGCCUUUGAACUUUAUCGGAAACCGGUACAUCAUUAUAAUAUUAGGUAAAUUACAGUGUGUAUGUAUGUGUAUAUAUAUAUAUAUAUA